AUGGGGGAGGGAAGUCUGGCUGGCGAAGAUAAAAACAAAUGCGAACAGUACUGGCCGCAUGAAGUCGGCGACGUGAUGACGUUUGGAGAGGAUAACGAAGGAAAAAUUACUGUUACUAACCUAGAUGUCUCGCCCAUGUCUGAAGAGGACAGCUUCGUUCGAGUCUCCAAACUCAAGCUGGACUAUAAAGAAGCUGGAAAAGAUGUUUCGAAA